ACGUUUCCCAAACAACUAGUCAUGAUGUUCUGGAUGUUCCUCAAAUAAUUAGUCAAGAUGUUCCAGAUGUUCUUCAAAUAAUUAGUCAAGAUGAUCUUCAAAUGGAGCUUGAUCAAGAUGUACAAGUACCUGAUGAUCAAGACAAUCAUCAAAUAGUAACUUAUCAAAAUGAACAUCAGAUAGUACAAGAAUCUAAUCAAGACUCUUGUAGAAAAAAAAAAUGGUCACAACAUGAGAUGAAUAUUAUCAUAGAAUUUAUCUUAGAUAAAAAAAUCAAUAUUAGAAAACUUAGAGGAAAAGUUAUUGAGGGUGUUGAGAAACUUGACCAUGCAUCAACAUUGGCAAUUCUUGCUAUCCACAUUUCUUUUAAUGUAUCACCACUUUUUCAAUUGUCAACUGAAAAACAUGAUGAUAGAUUUGCAGAGUCAACUGCAUCAAAACUGACACCUACAUUUUCAGAAAUUGAUGAGGAUAUCCAUAUCCAACUAGGAUUAGAAUGCAGUUCAUUGAGUCUAGCAAAGGAAUUUUGA